AUGGGGAGCAAUUAGAUGCCUUUUCCUUCUGUGUCCUCCCCCACGGGCGCUCAUGGUGCUGGCGCCGCUCCCGCAGUGCCCGAGGCCGCCAACGGCAUCCGACUGGGGUCAAUUCUAGUCAUGCAGGCGGCGAGAAGCGCGGGGUCUUGGCUUCUGCGAUCAUGGGCUUGCGCCCGGACAAAUCGGGCCGUGAUCGGGACGUCCGCCCGGAUCAUCCACACCGGCGCCCAAGAGCUGCAAGACGCGGCGGCCAAGAAAGAAGUUGAGAAGGUGGUGGCCCCGAGCAGUAGCAGCUUCAGCAUCUACCCUCCAGUUCCAGGACAGGAGUGCUCAUUGAGGUGGGCAGGGAAGAAAUUUGAGGAGAUCCCAAUCGCACACAUUAAAGCAUCCUACAACAACACACAGAUCCAGGUCGUCUCUGCUGCUAACCAGCCCCUCGCACGCACUUCCUGUGGCACAGAGGGGUUCCGGAACGCCAAGAAGGGCACCGGCAUUGCAGCACAGACGGCAGGCAUAGCUGCGGCGGUGAAAGCCAUAGGGAAAGGUAUAACCCAUGUCCGAGUGGUGGUGAAGGGCCUGGGGCCAGGGCGCUUGUCUGCCAUCAAGGGGCUGACCAUGGGGGGUCUGGAAGUGAUCUCCAUCACAGACAACACCCCCAUCCCACACAACGGCUGCCGCCCCAGGAAGGCUCGGAGGCUGUGAUGAGAGGAAGCCUGCACUUGACCCCGACCUCAAGUCUCAGCUCCGGCCGGACCUUGCAGGAAGCUCCCUGCCCAAGCUGUUUCCAGAUGAGGGCCUGCUGGAGACCCUUCAGGCAGGGGAGGAGAGCUUCACUUCCUUACACCAGGACCUCUGCUUGCCCCUGACUUGUGUCCCAGGAGUGAGGCCAUACCUCCUUUGCACAUGAGGGGAGCUUCGGGCACAGCUAUGGCCCAGGCUCCCGCAUCUGCUCUGAGAAAAUAAAAGAAUAUCUGUACCAGUCAUGGUAAUUAUGAA